AUGGAGAGAGGAAUAAAGAGUGCAAGAGUCCAGGAAACAUUGGUGCCAGGCCUUCCCCAGGGCUCUGAGGCCAAGGUCUUCCUAGUCUCAGGAGCGGCCAAGAGAUGGAAUGUGUCAUUUGAACAACUCUGGAGGCCUCUGAAGCGCUCCUUGCGGACGCUUUUUCACCGUGUUUUCCCCAAAGACAAGCAAGCCAGCUGUGUAGGCAGCCAUCGCAUGUGCAUGCGCUGCUCCGUGGAUCCCAUGAACCUGCGCUCAAGCGUGUCUUCCCGCUUCCGCCAUCGCCCAAGCUUCCUGCUCGGGCACCCAAACCACCUUGACUCGUGGAUACCAGACACAAAAAAUGAGAAGGCUUCUGGGUGCUGCUGGAUGCCGCCUCAGUGUGGACGGGCUGGGGCUCCCAUGGAGGCUCCACGGGGACUGUGGAAGGAGGGGGUAGUGGGAGCUGGCGAGGCCCCUCCGGUCACAGCCUUAAAGUCCCGAGCCACCUUUUACUCCAGGCAAGAGACAUCUUCCAAGCUCCGCAGGAUGAGCAAGGUGGACGUGCUUCCACUCCGCCUGCCCCAAGAGAGCAAGACGAAGACCCCAGACUAUGACCCAGCCCAGGCCCCAGCCCGGGCCCAGACCCGCCCCCCAGUUCAGCCCCCUGCGCAUGCUCCUGCCAAGGCCCAGACCUUCUCCUCAGCCCACCCCCCUGAGCACACCCCCCCCCAGGCCGAGAGCUGCUCCCGAGGCCACGCCCAUGAGCACACUUCCGCCCAGGCCCAGGCCUUCUCCCCAGUGGACCCCACUGGGCGCACACCUGCCAAGGCCCAGACCUUCUCCUCUACCCACCCCUCUGAGCAGGCCCCACCUCAGGCCCAGACUUGCUCCACGUUCCACCCCCCCGAGCACACCACCCCCCAGGCCCAGACCCCCUCCCCAGCCCUCACCCCUGAGCACAGCCCUGCCCAGGUCCAUGGCCCUGAGCAUACCUCAGCCCAUACCCCAGCCCAGGCCUCAGCCCAGUCCCUGGGCCACACUUCCGUCUACACCCUGACCCAUGCUCAUCUGACCUAUACCCAUGCCAACACUCUGGUCCCUCCCCCACCUUCGGCCCCAGUCCCUCCCCCAACUUCUGCCCCUGCUACUACUCCUGCCCUAGCCCCUACACCAGCCCCUGUCCCGAUCUCUGCCACAACCUCUGUCCCAGUGCUGGUCAUGGCCCUGACGACCACUCCAGUCCCUUCCACCACCCCUACCCCCAUCCUAGCUUCUAUUCCCUCUACCUUGUCUGCCUUCAGCCAAGGCCUCUCCUCCGGCCAGGUGGUCUACGAUGCCCGCAGGGUAAAGCAGAACGUGGACCAUGUGUGUCCCCCUCAGAACUCUGGGUACUCCAGAAAGGACUUGGGUACCGUCUCCAGGCCCCAAGAGGGGCAUGGUCUGGUGAGCUCUGGUACAGCUGAGCAAACACUGAAGCAGUGUAGUGGGGACAGUGCCAAGCCCUCCACAGGAUCCAUACUGGGUUACCUGGAGUUGGGGAAUAUGGAAUGGAAGAUCUCAAAUGAUGCCAAAGACAAAUUUGUGCAGUCCAAGACCUUCCCUUACUGCAGCUUCCAUCCUUGCAGUUCUGAGAAGAGAAACACGGACCCCCAGGCUCCAGUCUACCCCAAAUUCCUGGUGUACUCCAAGGAUGCUGCACCUUCUCAACCUUGCUUCCAUUCUCCAACCAGUGCCCAGAGCUCACCAUGCGCCAUGCCUCCACCAUGCACUCUUUCUCUGCCUCUUGUUUCUCCCAGAUCCUUUGUCCUUCAUCAACACAGCAACCACCAGAAGCCCUCCGCCUUAAUACAACCCCCCACCUUUCCCCCAACCUCCAAGUCUCCUCCGUCUGCCCUCUCUUCCCAGGGCCCCAUCCCUCCCCAGUUAUCCACUACGUCCCAAACCCCAAACCAGCCCCAACCCCCUGAACUUCGUGAGAGUCUAGGCCUCAACCAAGGCUCUGUCCUCCAAAGGACCCCAGGCCCUGCAAGAGAGUGUAGGGUUUCCAGAAACCCAGGCCUUACCCCAAAUCCAGGCCUCCACAAGAACCCUCUAGGAACUGACUCUGUCCAAGCUUUGGGCCCACAUCAGACCCCAAAGCUAUUUAGGUCUGAGGCAGUUCCUCGAAAGGAGGAUGCAGGGCAGCACAUACCAUGGACUUCUGUCCCACCCAGUCAGAACUCCUGCUCUCCCAAGGCUCAGUUGACCUACAAUGACCUGCAAACCUUCUCAGAGGUACCUGUGCUGAUUGAGCUGCAAUCAUCCUCCCGGCGAGCAGGCAGCCAAGACUGGGUGUACCACCCCAUGGAUACAGUUCCUCCAGCCUGCCAGAACUAUCGCCAGAUGUCUACGCCUCCCAAGACCAGCUGGAAGCCCUACUGUCCUGGGUCAGGCACCCGGCUAGGGCAUGUGGUCUUCGACGCCCGCCAGAGACAGUUCAGAGCGGGCAGGGACAAAUGCGAAGCUCUGUCUCCCAGGCGCCUUCACCGAGAGACAUCCAACAACUCACCGGAGACCAUCAAGGAGUGGGGAUAUCAGGGGACAGAUAUGCAUGAGGAAUAAAGAGACAAGAGAAGUGUUCUGUGGUUGUGUGAGGACAUCCACCCCAGCCCCAUCCCACAGGGCCUCAUGAGGACUUAAACUAUCCCUGCUUUCCCUCCAUCGCUGUCUAGCUAAAUCCGUUAUCCCCAAGGCCCUAGAGCUGCAUUGUCAAUUACAGUAGCCACUAGCCAAAUAUGCCUAUUAGAAUAUAAAUUAGUUAAAAUUAAGGGAAAGUAAUUCUGUUAAAAAUUAAGUUAAAAAGUUAAAAAUUCUCUUCCUCAGGGAACAGAAUUUCCCUGGCGUCCAAUUCUGUUCCCUGGUGGUCCAGUUGUUGGGACUUGGCGCUUUCACUGCUGUGGCCGGGGUUCAAUCCCUGGUCGGGGAACUCAGACCCUGCAAGCUUCAUGGCUUGGCCAAAAAAGAAAAAAAUUCUGUUCCU